AUGCCUCCACUGGAUUCAGAAUCCGGCACAUGGUCAGCAUGGGGUCUCUCCCCGCGCGAGUGGGGGGAGGUGCAGUCGGCGCUUCGCGCAGAUACGCCGUCGGCCAGCCUGGAGCUCGGCCAGCAGAUAAGCGCGGCACAGAGAAGCCGGGGACCUGACGGGGGGUGCGGAGCUGAGCCCUCCCCUCUCGCACGGGCCGAUAUUCGCUCAGCGUCGGCGCGCGCAGAGGAGCAACCUGGCCUGGGUCCGCGGCGAAGGGGGGACCGUUGGUCACCUCUAUAUGGACGUGAGUUGAACCCCCACUCGCCCGGGCCUGCCGCACCACCUCCACAAACGUGUCUGCGGCGUGAUCGAGGGCAGGAUCCUGCUGGCGACCAUUACCGCCACGACCUCCGCCAUUCCGCCGGCCUCGCCGGCCGCCAGAACCCGCCGAGUGAGGAUGCGGGGGGGACUGCUCGCGACGCCCCGAAUCCCAGCGACGUCCAGGCGACCCCCUCCCCCUCGUCGCCGGAGAUCGCCGCGGAGACCGUUGCGUGGGGGAUCGCGCUCGGGGUGAGCGCUGGCCUGCCCGACCACGAGGAGACGGGUGGCGAGGAGAACGAGGACGCCCAGAGGAUCGCUGAUCGCCCCCACCCCGCAGAUGAGCCUCGCGAUGCUCAGGAGAUGGGCGCUGAGGAGAGGGCUGCCGCGGAGGCUAACGCAGAGGCGAGCACCCGCGCUCCUGCCGCGGCUGACCGUCCGGGCGGUUCGACGCAACACGCGCAGGGGCCCACGAAUACUCCGGCGAGGUGGGGCGCGGGGCAGGCCGUUGGGGAAGAGUCAGCACCCGGUCAAAGCGGCGGUCGGGCUCGCUUGCGGAGGGGUGCGCAGGGACACGCGGGCGAAGACCGCCAGGCGCAGGUUCCGGGAACGCGCUCUCCGCAGAUCCCUCGAGCUCCGGAUCCCGUCUCGCGGAUGGAUCCAUCACCCCCGACCGCACCGCAGCCGACGCCAGCGCGCCAACAGAACGAGGACGAGGUGGACGUGGCGACGAAGGCAAGGCGCGUGGGAGCCGCGGAAGGGAGAGGAACGCGGGGUAUCCGCGUGGGAUGCGGCAGCAGCCGCCGCGCACGACGAGGGAAUGGGAGAGGACGAAGAGGUGGAGGAGUGUGCGGCACAAAUCGGCGCCGCACCGGCGCAAGCGGUUACGCGAGAACUGCUGAAAGGCUAAUUCGCGAAGGCGUGGAAGGCGGCGAGGAGGAGCACAGCAAGGAGGCAGAGGACGAAGCUGAGAAUGAAGAAAGCGAAGGGGGUGACCCUGUUUUUAACCCAGAAAGAGAGGGGAUGUUGGAAGCAGAAGCCGAGGACGAGGAAGAAUUGGAGAUGCUACUUCGGGAAGCGGAGUUUCCAAACCAUCAGACCCGGACGAACCUGCAAUUCGAACCACAGCCCUCACAACGAGACACCCAUCCGCCUGCCAACCACUUCCUGACUGGCUCCGCACCGCCACAGCGGAAGACCCACCCACUAUCAAAGCUCGCGACUUCAGAUGCCUCCUUGCCAAACUCCCCAACGGAGUAG